AUGCCGUACGAUAUAGCCGUAAACAUAACAGAUGGGCAAUACCUGGGAGAGUACCACCAAAAGAGCAAACAUCCGUGCGACAUACACAGCGUAAUAAACAGAGCAGUGGAGAAGAACAUUCAGAUGGUUUUUCUGGGAACAUCUGUGAACAGCUCGAUAGAAUCAGUGGCCCUGGGAAAUGAGUAUGGGCAGUAUGCAGCAAUAGGGAUACACCCAGGAUCUGCAGGAGGAACAACAGAGGAAGAUGUGCAGAAAAUAACAGACAUUCUGGAAGAUCAAAACAUCGAAAAGAGCAGGAGUAGAAUAAGAGGAGAAAUACUUAAAAUAGUCGGUGAUAAGGCACUAGAGAGCAUAAAAAGUGUAAUAGCAAUAGGAGAAAUAGGGCUGGACUACUACAGAGAAUACUCGCCAAAAGAAAAACAGAGAGAAGUGUUCUCCUCCAUCCUCAAAAAAACUGCAAAGUACAAAAUUCCCUACAUAUUUCACUACAGGGACUGCGAAGAUGAUUUUUUCGAAAUAGUCCGCGAGUAUGAGGUAGAGGGCGUAGUGCACUCUUUCACAGGAACAAUAGAAGAAAUGCACAGACUAGUUGGCAAAGGAUACUACAUAGGGAUAAAUGGGGCAUCAAUAAGAGAGAAUGAAACCACAGGCGUAAUAGAGAAAAUACCAGAUGAUCGGCUGCUCAUAGAGACAGAUGCCCCGUGGUGCACAAUAAGAAAAACCUCUAAGUACUCUGAGUUGGUAGGAAACUAUCUUAAAACGAGCAAAAGAUGGAAGGAGGGCGAAGGAGUGAAAGGAAGAAACGAGCCAGUGAAUCUGCUCGAAGUAAUUGACGUAGUUGCGGGAAUAAGAAAUAUAUCAAAAGAAGAGCUAGUGGAAAAGACAGACAGCAACUUUAAAAAACUGUUCAAAUUGUAG